AUGGGCUAUAUUCCGCAUCCUCCCAUUCCGCUGUCUGCCGUGAGACCAAAUGAUAUUUUCUUACUGUUGGGAUUGGGGGCCCUUUGGGAAUUGAUCGUCCGUUUCAUCUUGUUCCGAUACCGCGCCAAACCUCGCAAGUUGAUUCAAAAGGAAGUCAACCUAAAGGCACUCUCAUCCAAAGUAAGAGAGUACCGCAGUAAGGGACCCUCUGCCUUUGUGGAAUGUUCCAAAUUGGAGCGACAAUUAUUAGCGGAAGAAAAGGUCAUGGCGGACACGACGGAGAAACGAAAGAUUGCUUUGACCAAAGCCGAAAAGGGAGCCAAGAAUGCCAAUAUAGCGGUUAGCGCGCUCAUUUUCCUCUUGUGGUACAGCAUUCCCAUUCUCGAAUUUGAGGCCCAUCGCAUUGCGAAACUCGAUGAGAUCUUUAGCGAAGAAGAGGGACAGGCCAUGGUGGAAUCCGCACACAAGGCGUUCUUGUUUCCAUUGAGUGUCGUGGGCAUUGGACUCAAAAUUGCCAAAUACGGACUGGCCAAUCCUCAAUCCACAUCGGGAGCACUGGUGGCCUUUUGGUCCGCACAAACGGUAGUGUCCAAGAUUUUUGAUGCCAUUGAUGCAUUGAAUGUAUAA